CAAAGUUCGCCUCGCCUCGCUCCGAAUGGCGAUGAAAAGCCAUCGGUGACAAAAUAAAAAAUGGACGAAAAUGGCAUGUGAGGUGUUGUUGAAUUCCGGUGAAAUGUUUGGUUAUCGCAGCCACCUAGAAUGGGAGGAUGCAUAGGUAUAACCCGGGCAAGAACAGCCUCCGUAGACGACACAUCAGCCAAUUCAACGAGAACCCAUUCAGGCAAUUCGAGGAAGAAUCAUCCCCUGUGCCACGAAGUGAUCAGAUGGAAGUCGGACGUACCGUUGACAGAAGGCCAACUGCGAAGCAAACGUGACGAAUUUUGGGACACAGCACCUGCCUUCGAGGGUAGAAAGGAGAUAUGGGACGCACUGAGGGCCGGUGCAACUGCUGCUGAGGCGCAGGACUAUCAGUUGGCACAGGCGAUACUGGAUGGUGCUAAUAUUUCUGUACCUGAUGGAUUUUUAACAGAGUGCUAUGAUGAACUGGGAACGAGGUACCAGGUGCCCAUCUACUGCCUGUCUUAUCCCAUUAAUAUUGUUAAGGAGGACAGCGGGAGGGAUUCACCUGCUGACUGUUCAGAACCUGUUGAUGGUGGAACUGAAUUGACACUCAAAUUGAGACUGUCGACGACCCUUGGGGACGUCAAACUACCUGUGUACAGUAAAGAUACUAUUGGAAUUGCAAAGAAGAAGUUACAGAGUCAAGAAGGACUCGAGCCAUCCCGACAGAGAUGGUUUUUCGGUGGAAAGCUCCUCGGUGACAAGAUGCACAUCGAAGAGGCCAAAGUUCAGCCAGGUUACGUAGUCCAGGUAAUCGUAAACUCGGAAAAAUCAGACGAAAGUCCAUCGAAGACCAGCUGAAGAGAUCUCCAUGGAUCUCAAACGAAAAAGCCAACACCUUUUCAUAUAUCUCUGAAUAAUCUGGGACACACGAAAGUUCACACCUUCAUGUUUUUCAUACCUUCACGUUAGUUUCUUUUCACUGAGGUGUGAAACCGACGGAAGUCCGUGGAUAUGUCACAAUGCACUCGAAUUGUACAGUAAGACUUGACUGACGGUUUAAGCUUAUUCUUUUAAAAAUAAGAGGUUAAUAAAAUUAUUGGAGCAUUUGUACUGUCGAAAAGAAUUAGAUCAUCUUUAAGCUUGAGAUCGUUGAUGCCUAAGUCCAUUCGGGGGGAAAUUAUGCCUAAAUAAAAUAUAUAUUUUUUAACUCUCUGUGCAGGAGAUGGGGCUAAUUUUUUGAAGGAUUUUUUUUAGAUAACUAAUCAGUUCGGAUAAUGAUUGAAAUCCUGGCAUCGAGAGUUUUGAUGAACAGUUGUAGUUAUUGACGAGUCUAUGACUAAUGAAUUUAUCUUCGUUACGCUUUUUGGGUGAGAAUGGUUUGUGGAAAAUUCUAGGACUUUUGCUACGAAAGUCUGUUGGAAAUUCCGCAAUUUCGUCGAUGGGAAAUAGUCGGUAAAAAGAAAAUUGCGAAUAAUGGAUUGAGAUUAAUUGAUUUGUGGACAUGUUUUUUUUUAUUUUUACAUUUCAGUCGAUAAAUUGUCAAUAUUUCUGUCUGGAGUUAUUUCUGUUUCGAAAAAUGCUCGGAAAACUGUGACAUUCUUUCGAAAAAUGAGUGGAUGAUCAGAGAAAUUAGUGAAUAGAAUAUCCAGACGAAGUUUUGGAAACUUCUGUUUAUUUAUAAUUUACUUUUAAAGAUGGACAAAGUCGAUUGGCAAUUCUAGUACUUCUACUGCAAAAUUUCACAAUUUUUUUCGUUGAAAGUAUUCAAUGAAAUUUUUUUACAAAAAGUGACAAAAAUCCUUUGGAUUUGUGAUCUUUAAUGCGACCUAUCUACUGGGAUUUUAUUCGCAGAAAUUCCUCUGCGCGAAUUCUUCAAGAUUUUCCAUCCCAUUUUAUUGUGAUUCGCAUUAAAAAAUGAACGGAAAACUUGAGAAAUUAUGAAAGAAGAUUUCCACAGAAAAAAUUUAUUCCAAAAAAUGUAUGGGCAAGGACAAAAAAUUAAACGAAUUGUUGAAUGGAAAUUUCUGCAGAAGCUCUAAAAAUUUCUGUUAAUUUAUCAAUUCAAUUUUAAAUAUGGAAAAAAAUGAUGGGAAAUUAUUCUGUCCAUUUUUCAAAAGUGACUAAUUCUAUUGAAAUUUAUUUACAGAAAUUCCUCUGCACAAACUUUUCAGUUUUUCUUAAAAAAUUUCAAUCUCUUUCGGUCAAACAUUUCUAUUCCAAAUAAUCCAUACAAAAGAGACAGUAAUAAAACGAAUUAUUGAAUAGAAUUUCCUCCCGAAGCUCUAGAUUUUUCUAUUGAAUUGUUUCAUUCGCAAGAAUAGUAACAAAAAGCAAAAAAUGGAAUCAUUUGAAUUCUUUUCCUUUCUUUCACGAAAAUAAAUCUAUGGUUAUUCUAAUACGUAACCACCUGCGUGUACUGCGUGUGUAUAUACCGUGCGUAAUAUCUUUAUUGCCUACGUUGAUAUAUAUUAUGUAUAGAAAAUUGUUUGUACACAGUCUGCACACGCGUGAAUCAUUUCGUAUUCGUAUUUUUUAUCAAGUGUCCUCGAGGUGAAAGAGUCAACAAUCGUCGGCGAAUCGUAUUCUUUCUGCGAUGCGAAUUAUUUAUGAGGUCUUCGUACAAAUAUGUUCAAAGAUACUAUCUAUCGACAAAUAUGAGCAUGACAGGCGUUGUGUGACGUCACGUCUGUGUAUUCGGUAAAUUAAUCGAUUCGUUUUCUGGUCAAUUCUCACUCACUGCUUCAUGCUUAAUCCGUUAUUAUUCUCGUGUCGUCUGUAUAUUCAUUUUUUUUAUUGACAAGAUGGUUUUUCAGUGGGAGAACGUGAUUGUUGUGGGGAUUCGGUCGUCAAGUGGGGAAAAUGUAAUGAAUUGGGUGAUUUUUCAGAUUUUAGCAAAAGUUAAUCAACUUUUAUUUUUAUUUCGGCAUUGACUGGUUGAAAAAUGCCGAAUUCUGUUGGCAAUAAACGACUCGAAAAAAAGGUUGAUGAGUAAUUUUGUAAUAGCUCUUGACAUUUCGCUCUGAAAACACAGCAUUCCGGGAUAAAUGCACAAUUAUCAAACUGAUAAAGUACGUUUCACCGCUUCCCACUGAAUAUCCAACACAAUUUGUAAAAAAUCCCUGAAAAGCCAUCCACUUCAAAAACAAUGAUUUUCCUCCUUAAACCAAUUUUUUCAAUCACAUUCAAUCUUUUUACCUAGAAAAUGACGAUAAAUACCCCAAGGGACGAGAACAAACUGUAAAAAUUAGUGACGGGAUACGAAUGAGACGCAUUUAUUUAUAAUCUAAAUAAAACUAACUUUUGAGACGAGUAAGAAAAUUGUUUUUUAUCAGACUGAUUGUGCCAGUAGAUCCCCCCGGUGAGCUCUCAAGAAUGUGUCCCAAUCGAUAAUUAUCUCAAGUCAGAGGACUUUUUAUUUUAUGGAGAGAGCGCAGUGAAAUUCCAAAAUAGCUGGUUUUUUCAUUUAUCGUGCUUAUAUUUUUUCAUAUUUCCCGAAGUAUUUAUUCGGAAUCUAAUGAAUGAAACAGUGAAAAAAAAUCUGAGAAACUGAGAAAAAAUGCCAAAAACCCAAAGAAUGAAGAUUUUCAA